CCGAUUUCCACUCUACCUCUGAGCAAGUGGGAGAGACAGAAGCGCUAGUCGUCUAGGGUUGUUUGGUCUGGCUGGGUAAAUCCCGAAACGCUUCCACCCAGAGCCCAUCGCCCCAUUCCACCAAACCACCAACCACCAAGUCCUCCAUCUCCACUCAGUCUCAGCACACUGCCAACCCGCCAGCAUUCCGCCAUGAUCUCCGGAACUAUUCGUCGUUCGGCCCUUGCCGCCCGCCAGAGCCCCUUUGUGGCCGCCCGCCGAAACCUCUCCGUCACUCCGGCUCGCAUGGGCGGAUACCACUACCCCGAGGGUCCCCGAAGCAACCUUCCCUUCAACCCUCUGACCAAGUGGUUCGCCGUCCGAUACGUCUCUUUCUGCGUCGUCGGCUUCGGACUUCCCUUCGGCAUCGCCGUCUACCAGCUCAGGAAGAACGCCUAGAUGUAUAACGUGGCACCAUUCUUGAGCGACUGUGAGGUAGAUGGGGCCAGGGUGAUUGUGGUACAUGCAGCUUGCUUCGAGCACAAGUGCUGGGUUUCGUUAUGCUCGAACUUUGUAUCAUAAUGGAUAGAACCGAUCUUCAUUGGUACCCACUCUGCAUGCGUGUUGCCUUCCUGUGUGUUGGGAAAGAUCGAGGGGGUAGUUUUCUGAGGCAUAUGUUGAAAUCGAACUGCGUAGGCGGCGACGGCGGAAUGUGGC